AGAGGCCGUUGGCUGGGAGAGAGAGAGAGAGAGAAAGAGAGGGAUUGGUUUGGUUUGCGGUGGGCCAGCCGUCUUCCACCAACAGCCAGUGUAGCAGAAGUAUGUGUUCAAGCUGGAUUACCUCAGGAAGCACCCCUCUCGUCACGGAAAGCAAGACAAACCAGCGGCGAGAAAGAUGAACCCAGACUCUCUGGAUAAGUCCAUCCAGAACCUUCUGUCGGCCCUUUACCCGCCCUUUGAGGCCACCGCCCCCACAGUUCUCAGCCAGCUCUUUCAGGUCAUUGAGGGUCGUUACCAAGGUGACGCCCUCCGAUGCCUGAUCGACUUCCUGGUUCCGGCCAAGCACAUCUUGGAGAGUGUACAGCAGGCUGCAUGUGCCCAGUACUCGGAUGUGAUCUUCCUCUGCGAGGGAUGGCCCCUGUGUUUGCUUGACCACGUCCUCAUCCACCUGGCUCCAGUCCACCCCGUGCUGCUCCGGCCCGGGGACUUCUACCUGCAGGUGGCGCCCUUUGCCGACCAGUCGGCCCGCAUCGUGGUGUGCAGCCUCCUGGAAGAGGAGGGGGUUUGGGUGGAGGCGGUCGAGGAGACCCCGGUACCUGAGACGUGCUACCCCUGUCUGUUCACCUCGGAUUGGCUGCGGGAGGUCAAUCAGGGUCGCCAUGGCACCCCCCUCAGCCAGUGCUUGCUCGCCACUGAACAGGGCGUGGUGAGGUUGCCAUGGAAACGCGUGGCAGUACCUGACUUUGUGGACAGGCCAAAGGGUGUCAGAAGUAGAAUGGCCUCCGUUCCUCACUCGUCACAUUCUUUACCUACUGCUCUUUCUCUUUCUGCGCCUGUGCCUUAUCUCUCCACCGCUGCUGCUGCUACUGCUGCUGUCAAGACCUCUCCGCCCUUUCUGCCACGUCCUGUCUCUCCUGCCAAGCAAGUUACGCCAAGACCCCCCGCAGAAAUCACUCAGACCUCAGCGUCGGACCUCACACAGCAGCCGCCGGCCAUCUCCGUGGAGACCAGAAUACGUCCUGCGAAGCACGGCAUUGCGGUGUCUCUGCGGUUGGUCGACACCAGUGCAUCUGUUUCCUCCCGGCUGGUUAAAAAGACUGAGACGGGGCCUAAGCCUGUAGGCUGGGUGUCUUCAAAUAUCUGGGACAGCCGAUGUACCGAAGACGGCGCAUGUCCGGCUGCACUUACAAGUUCGGGUAUUACCACUACAAGCAUCGUGGAGGACAAUAAUAAUACAUUCACAAGUCGAGAUAAAGGUAAAGCUGUGUUCCCUAGUGUAGAGUCGGGAAAGGAAAAAAACAGGGGUACGAUUGUACCAGGAGCAAACGAACCAGCCGACCACGCGAGGUUAGCGGUUGGCGGGGCAGACGGGGACUACAUUGACGUGGCACAGGCAGCUAUGCUUUUCGGAGAAGUCAAGGCACUUAGAAAAGAAGAACAAGAGGCACGAGCAGCCAUGCAACCGGCCCCUCAAAAUCAAGCACACAUGCAACCCUACGGCAGUGCGCAGGUGCAAGCAGGCCCCCUGGCGCCCCCCAAGUGGCCGGUCGAAAUAUACCCUCGGGCGCACAUACAGUCGCCGAGUUCUGCCCGCCAUCCACCCCAUGCCAGAUCUGGGAACCCGGGAGUGUCAUUUAAACCCAACACAGAGAGCGAACCCCUACCCCUUCACCAUUCCCAACUUGCGUUUCCCCAAGCCGACGCCCAUGGCUCCCCGGACCCCCAAGACCCCUCCCACUGUGCCCGGAGCGUCCAGUUUUCCGAGGGGCCGUGCACCCCCUGCAUGAGGCGGAGACAGAGCGGGAAGGUCUCCAGAGCACAGGAGCUGAGGUGUCGCUACAGGGACUCCUACCAGGCGGCCAUACAGAACCCGGUUGCUUUCGCCAGGGACAAAGACAAGCUGGAGGCGUUGGGUGCGCUGGAUGAAGACGGCGAUGGCUCGCAGUGUGAGGGGAGGCAGCCUCCAGAGGGGGCGAGGGGCGAUCCGUGGUUAAGCACCCAAAGGAGGUGCUUCAACCCCGCGAUGCAAAGCCCACCGGGUGCCCCCGUUUCUGAGGUUGUGUGUAAGGAGUCCGGGGAAAUGAACGCUGUCGCACAGUGGCCUCCUGAGCACACAAACGCUGCCAACUGCGUGGAUCUCAGGGACAGAACUGCCGUAAAGCGUGACCAAGCGCAAAAGCAGUCGACUGAUUCGGGGCCUCCUCUGGACUUCUGUGAGAGGAACACAAUGCCAUUUAAGGAGCCGAGGGAUCCGCACUCUGUUAAAUCCUUUGGUAUUUUACAUGAUCCAAACGGGACGAAUAGUGAAAGAGGCCCAAGCAUAAACACUACCAGGCCCGCGAGCUCAAGUGAUCCCAAAUGGGGAGACGGAGACUCUGCCAAGCCCGAUGGAUUACCACCUAAUUCAAGUGAUGGUUUAGUCAACAAUGUCAAUAUCAGUCAACCGCAUGGAGUAAUGCAAAGAAGACCAGACACCAGCAGGAUACCUCUGGGAGUAUCUAAGUGUCCUGGCAUCCCGACAAACCAGCAGGAGCCGGUCGAGCCAGAUGGAAGAUGUUCCUCGCUCUCCACCGCGGUGGUGGACACCUCGGAGAAGUGCGAACUGGUGAUUGUGCAAGGCCAGAACGUCAGAAGGAGAGAGAGCACUGCGUCCUGCGCUGAGGUUCCCAGGCUGCAUGUGGUGAAGUGCAAAAACGCCACCGCCUUCGGGCUGGUUUCACCCAAGAUCAACAGACGAAGGAUAGUCACGACAGGAGCUGCACCACCUGCCCAACCCUCAGUCCCACUACCGGGGGCUACCCAGAGUGGGACCCAGUCGAAGCUUUCUUGUGCAGCAGACGUCAAGACGAUCCCCCCGCCUUGCUCGGCCCGACCCAGACCGGAUCACCUGCCCCUGCCACCCCCUAAGACAGCCAUACACCCUCUCUACCAGGGGCUAGCGUGUCUCACAGGAGGCAGAGAUCGUGCAGGCAGAGCGGUGGUGGAGGUCUAUGGAGACCACCCUGGAUGGAGAUCACCUGGAACGGUCAAAGAACUCUGCCAGAUGCUGCUCUACUUCCACACAGUUAUAAGGCGAGAAGUCAGAGAACUGGGAAUGGUGGUGGUGAUUGAUGCUCGCAGGGCCCCGCCACCCCCUCAGUUCUUCAAGGCCAUGACCAACCUUCAGGAAGGAAUUCGCCAUGCGAUAAACAACGUUGUGUUACUGGUGGACAAGGACAGCAAUCCUCGGCGGGAGAGAUAUCAAACAGGAAUACAGAGCGAUGUGCUGACUGCGACGAAGACCCUGUUCAAGGCAGUGGAGGCUUGUCACCUGACCACCUACCUGGACGGAACACUACCCUACAGCCACCGUGAUUGGCUGGAGCUACACCAGAAACUCCACCUCUUUGUGUUGGAUCUCCACGAGUCUUCCAGCCUACUGCUGAGGGCCAUCAGGAAGCUGGAGGAGAAGCAGAAGAUGGACACUGUACAGGAUGUCCAGCGGUGCAUCGUGGACCAGAGAACUCUGAUGCGGGACGUGCUGGAGGACAGCCGGGUGGGGGCCCUGCAGAGGGAGGGGGGCUCCACCCUGGCCCGGCUGAGGAGGGAGAGCGACCUCAAGUACCCCCACCGGGAGGACUUCAGUGACGCGGUGGACUCGGUGACCAGCCUGUACAACUGUGUGGAGGAGCAGGCCCACGUCCUGGUGCAGAGGUCCAAUGUGUGCCUGGAACACCUGGAGUACCUGCUCCAACUCAGAGAGCUGGAGGCACACUUCCAGCAGAUCAGGGAGUGGUUCAUGGUGGAGGGAGAACACCACCUGCUGGAGGCGGAGAGGGUGGAGGACUGUAAAGAGGGAGUGGAGCAGACUCUGAACAGCUUCACCGCCUUCCUCUUAGAGGCCAAUGACCGUAAGCACCACGCCGCGGCCCUGGUGUCGGAGGCAGAGAGGCUCCAGGGCUGCGGGCUGUCCUACCCUGAGGCCCAGGUGUUCGGCGCCCUGGUCCAGACCUUCCGAGCCGGCCUGGAGAGCUUCCUGGCCAGGGCCGAGGUCUGCUGCCGGGAGCUGCAGGUCAUGGUUGGCGUGUGGGACUUCUGUGAGCAGGCCACAGCCCUGGCCGGAGAGUGCAUUGAAUACCUGGACCAGAACAACCAGUCCGCCGGGCCACCUGCCAGCACCAGCACCACCAGUACCAUGGCAGAAGACCAGCUCCACGGCUGCCACCAGCCAGACCCCUCCCUCGGUCCAGACCAAGGUCCACCAACACCGGACCCGACACAAGACGACUGGUCCGCUGCGGGCUACGAUUCGGCCAUCCUCAAGUCAUACCAAGAACGCUUCCUCCGGUUCAGCCUGGAGCAGUUCCAGGAAGUCCGGUCUCAAGCCAGCACCCUGAGGGCCUCCAGGGGCAUGCGGGCCUGGAACGUAGCCUGGCUGAAGUGCCAGGAAGCCAGGCAGCAGCUUCAGGAGAGGGUGCAGGAGGUGGACGAGGCCUACCUUCAGCGGCAGUACGCGGCCCUGCUGUGUGACUGCAGGGAUCUGGAUUCUGACGUCCUCCCGGGUGGCGAGGAUAUAUUCCUACAGUCCACGCCGGGACCAAGCCAUCCGCAGUGGGAGGGGGUCAUCUCGGGGACGGUAGAGGUGGAUAAGAGACGGCCAAUACUCGGAAGGAGCAGCAGCAUCAGCGUGGUGGAAGCUCACCUCCAGACGGAAAACGCUACUUUCGACAGAACCAACCAGGGGUCGAAGGUCGUCUCGGUCGCACCACUCAGGAGGGAGCAGGAGGAGCGCGGGAUCAGACGGGACACCAGCGGGAGCAGGGCGAGGAGCGAGAGGGACGCCGCCGCCCUCUCCCAGUCCCACACCGUGGGCUGCCAGUGGUUCCCGUGGGGACGGCGAGGCCUGGCGGCGCGACGCUCGCUGAGCGAGGAGUCCUGCGCCUCCUUCCCCCCGCCCCCGCCCGCCGAGUCGCCGCCCCCUCCGUCGACGCCAAGUCCGACGCCGCCGCCCCCAUCGCCUCCGCCUCCACCUCCGCCCCCACACGCCCCGUCGCCGGCGCGGGGGCGGAGCCCCUCGUCCUGCUCCCACCACGGGACGCCCUCGGGCCGGAUCCUCCAGGAGGCCCAGAUGUUCCAGAUCUCCCGCCACGGGAGCUUCUGCUCCCAGGAGUCCUACCAGCAGGCCUACCGCCUUGGGGCCGGCGACGGGGCCCUCGGCGGGGCCAAGCACUCCAGCCUGCCCAACCAGAGGUGUGAGGGGCCGGCCAGCCCUGGCGAGGGCCCCAGCAACUCCCUGCGGCUGCAGCGAGUCAUGGAGGAGCUGGUGCACACGGAGCGGGAGUACGUGCGCUCGCUGGGCUACAUCCUCACCCACUACCACCCCCUGCUGGAGAGGCCCGACAUCCCCCAGGACCUGCGGGGCAAGCGGGGCGUGAUCUUCGGGAACCUGGAGAAGCUGUACGACUUCCACGCCCACUACUUCCUCCCGGAGCUGGAGGACAGCCACAGGGAGCCGGCGCUGAUGGCUCGCUGCUUCCUGAGACACUGUGAGAGUUUUGGCCUGUAUGCGCUCUACAGCAAGAACAAGCCCAAGUCAGAUGCCUUAAUCCUACAUCGCCGCCAUGACAUCUUCAAGAGGAAGCAGCAGGAGUUGGGGGACAUGAUGGACCUCUCCUCCUACCUGCUGAGACCCAUCCAGAGGAUCAGCAAGUACAGCCUCCUGCUGCAGGACAUGCUGGCCCUGGCCCCAUCGCCCCACGACCCGCAGUACCAGCUCGGACCAGCAGGGAGCGCUGGCUCACGUGUUCCCGAUGCGAGUGGCGGCGACAGAGAGCGGGAAAGGUUAGAGAUCCGAGGCGCCGCUGAUCUGGUGAAGUUCCAGAUGCGCCAUGGCAACGACCUCCUGACCAUGGAUGCCAUCCAGGACUGUGAUGUGAAUCUGAAAGAACAGGGCCAGCUCAUUCGCCAGGAUGAGUUCACCGUUUUCUUCCGGAAGAAGAAAUGCAUCCGCCGCAUUUUCCUCUUCGAACACCUCAUCCUCUUCAGCAAGACCAAGAGAAACGACGUUGGCAAUGACGUCUAUGUCUACAAGCAGUCCUUCAAGACGUGUGACAUCGGGAUGACCCAGACCUCGGGGCACAACGCGCUGUGCUUUGAGCUGUGGAUCCGCCGCAGGAAGAGGGAGGACACAUACACCCUGAGGUCCCUCAGCCUGGAGGUGAAGCGCGCCUGGACCUCCGACCUGGAGCGCAUCCUCUGGGAGCAGGCCACGCACAGCAGAGAGCUGAGGAUGCAGGAGAGGGUGUUCAUGGGGAUGGGGAGGAGACCCUUCAUGGACAUCCACCCCAGCGAGGCUGCUAUCUGUGACAGGGCCGUGCCCGGCACUCUGUCUGGGAGGAUCCCUGUGGCGUAUUGUUCACACAGGGGUUUAGAAUACCCACGGCCAAACUCCAUCGGCUCCGGCAGCACCGCCUCCACCACCAUCAGCCAAUCGUCCUCCUCCUCCGGACGGGGCUCGCUGCCUCCCAUUGGCUACCAGGGAAGCCAAUCACAGGGGGCGGAAGGCCGUCACACCGUGUGCUCCUCCUCCGAAGCACUGGCGGAAAAUGAGCUGAACAAUCUUCAUCUCCGUCAGCAUCACCUUCAUCAAGACUGUGAGAAGAGGAAGAUUGGGCGUCUAUUUCUACUGGACAGCACAGAGUCCUCGGGAGACUGCAUCAGCCCAUUCAGCAGCUCAGAGCACAGCUGCCUGUCUGCCAUUGGUGGAGAGGUAGUGGACUCCUCCUCCUCCUCUGUAUUUGCAUACAACAGCACCAAGGCCCGCCCACCGCUCAGUCGGAAGCCCAGCCUCCGCAUCAAUGGCUCACCGGCAAUGAUCAGACGAAAAGCAAUGAGUCUCCUCCAAUCCUCAGCCCUGGCCACCUCUCAGGGUAGUGAGAUCUUCAUUGGGAAAUCAACAGAGGUUUAAGCUCUUGAUGACCCUCUCAAGGUCCUGUCUCCAACCAGACCUGACCCUGAGUGUGCUGAAUCGAGCAAUUUAAAGAGGUCAUUUAUUUCCCAUCAACUGCCACUCAUUUUAUAUUAUUAUUCCAGCAAAUGUCUGCUGAUAUUUGUUUUCCAUUUCACAAAUCCUCCCAGCGAUAUUGGACUAUUUGCUCUUAGCUCAUCCAUUACAUGAAGCGAGUUCCUACAACGAUGGGAACUUUGUGGUUGAGGGGAGCGAGGACAUCAGACUGCAUCCUGACAGGACAACAGGCCAUAUGAUGGUGUAUGGGAGCCAUGUUGCUCUCUGGCGCUCAGACACAGUUCCUCUUACUUUUUCAAUCUCAUCAUGUCCCGAUGUCAUGGCAUGUACAGUUUUUCUCUUGAAACGGUUUUGUGGAACGGCUGGUUUGAUGGACCAUGGGGGUCUUUGACAGUUGGGGAUGCAGAAUUUACAGCAUUCGGUUCUACUGUUGGAUUGUGAAUGUUUUACAAACAACAUCUUUGUCAGAGUACAGCUUAUGUGUUGGAUCUUUGUACCACGCAGUAUACUGUAUUUCACGUUUGCAACAUUGUGUGCGUGUUAUUAUCAGAGAUAAUUUCACCUGCCUGAUCAAAUGGCAACCUUAUGUAGGUAAAUUCAGCAAAUGUAUUGGUGUUCGAUUGCAUUUUUCUGUAAAGUUUGCUUGGAUUUUGUUGGAUCCUCUGCUCUGUACCCUUUUUUGAGAUAAAGGGAACAAAGAAGAUUAUUUAUUUAAAUUUAAAUAGUUCUUAAUAUAUACUUUUUAUGAAACCUCAAAUUUGGUGGUUUUCUCUGCUAUUUUUUGUAUUGUUUAGAAUCCAAGAUAAAUACAAUACGUCUUUAAAGGCUAAUACAAGAACUUUAAUACAUCAACAAUUUUAUAAAUAGACAACAUUUAAAUACCUGGGUGGUUGGUAAUACCACUCAUUACCUCAAUAUAAAGUCAUAAAUGGUCAGCUUAUAUACAGCUAUAUUGUGUGCCAAUGCCUUCUAGCGACUGAGUUUGGUGACCACUAACAAAAAAACAUUUGGGUCAAAAACCACUUAUUUUAUGGGUCCAAAGAUGGUUCCAAACUGGAUCAUUUACCAGCAUUUCUCCUCAUCUUAAAACCAAUGAUAUUUCUUUUUCAUACUUUCAUAUUUGUAUUGUGUUUGUAACAGUUGUUAUUUUACAAAGAAGGUUUUAUAUUACUCUUUGUAACAAUGCCGUGUCUGAUGUUCAUCAUGGCAUGUCCGUUCAUAUUUAAAACCACUAAUAUCACAUUGCUCCUUCCUUCCUGAAUACCAACUUAAUUUUUAUAAACGUCAGUUUGCUUGCUUUUUUGGGGCUUUUGUUUGAGAGUCAUAUUUUAUUUAUACAACCACUACAGGUAAUGCACUGAUAUGUGCUUUACAGAGUGAUUUAAAUCAAAUUAUGCAAAAACAAUAAUUGUAUUUCAUUGUUAUUUCUUUGUAUAAUCAUAAUUAUUAUCAUCAUUAUUAUUUUGUUUCUUUAUUGAACACAGACGGACCACCUUUGUACACUUUUGCAUGAGGAUGUGAUACCAGAUGGUCACGUUAGCAUACAGAUAUGACCCCUAAUUGUUCCUCAGAGAGCCACAUUAAGGGGAACGACACAAUAGUACGUAGACAGUGAAAGUGGAAUUGCGCAAUGGCAUUGCCUGGAUCUAUGUAUUUUAGUCCCAAUAUAGUUAAUUCACAAAAACAUUUUUUAAUCAGUAUACACUUGUUUAUUAUCAGGCGUUGUUGGCAUGUGUGGCAUUCUGUAUUAUUUGUUGUAUUCUGAAAUAGUUUUAACUAGGGUUUUCACACGAUCCAAACCCCAUUUCUGUUUUUGACAGAUUACAUUAUUCAAACAAAUAAACAAGAAAGGAAGUGUGUCUGUAAUGUUUCAAUGUUGUUAUUUAGUUCAAACGAAGACAUUUAAAUGUUAUUUAUAUCUAUAGAUAUAAAGAUUUAAAGGAAGAGGACAUCUUUCCAUAUUAAAUGUCUGACCCUUUCUUUUCAAUGAAAGCAUCAUUGGAAUUGGAACAUUUCUGGACUUUGAAAUGUGAAAUAAAAUAAA